AUGCGUCCCACAGGCGUCCGGAAGACAUUUGUGCUGAGUGUAAGCGUUGUCGUGCUGUUGGUGUAUCUGUUUCUCAACGAGUUCUACAACGGUGGCCGGGGACGGUUUGCGGACGUGGUCAGAAGAGUGUAUCCACUGCAGUCGAAGGACGAAGGAUCGGUUGCUGUCGUUGAUGGAGAUGCUGUCGACACAAAUUCCACCACCGACACUACACCGACGGAAGGUACGACGUACACGUACGUCUACACAACGAUCGGACUAGACCCACGGUAUCCGGUACCACCCGGAGACCUCGGUACCGAGGUGAAGGUCAAUAACAACGAUAGUGAGGUGGCAACAAUGAUCCUAAACGGUAUGGUUAACCAGGGCCUCAACCAGUACUCGUCCGAUCUGAUGUCGGUACGGCGAAGGUUGUUGGACGUGCGAGAUCCCUGGUGCCGUGAAGCUGGCCGCUACCCAACCGACCUACCGGCGACUUCUAUAGUGAUCGUGUUCUACAAUGAGGCGUGGUCCGUGCUCGUCCGUACCGUGCACUCUAUCCUCGAUCGAUCGCCUGCAAAUUUGGUGAGCGAGAUCGUACUCGUGGAUGACUUCAGUAAUUUGCCUCAUCUGAAGACACAGCUUGAGGAGUAUUUUGCACCAAUGUUAAAGGUACGGAUUCUGCGCGCCCCGAAGAGACUGGGACUGAUCCGGGCCAGAAUGUUUGGAGGAAAGAGUACCAAAACGAAGGUUAUUACCUACCUAGACGCACACGUCGAGGUCACAGUAGGUUGGCUGGAGGCACUGAUUGACCCGGUUGCCAAGAACAGCACCACGAUCGCCAUCCCAACGAUCGACUGGAUCGACGAGAACAACAUGAAGCACCGAACGGAGAACGCACCCACGUUUGUCGGGGCGUACGAUUGGGAUCUCAACUUUGGCUGGUGGGGUCGAUGGUCACAGAAGAAAAAAUACGAAAACAAGAUGGAACCGUUCGAUACACCCGCCAUGGCCGGAGGGUUGUUUACGAUCAGCCGGGAGUUCUUUGAUCGCCUCGGGUGGUACGACGAGGGCUUCGAUAUCUACGGCAUCGAGAACAUCGAGCUGUCGAUGAAGAGUUGGAUGUGCGGUGGGAAGAUGGUGACGGUACCGUGCUCCCGAGUGGGCCACAUCCAAAAAGCGGGCCAUCCGUACCUCGCCAAAGAAAGCAAGGACGUGGUACGGGCGAACUCGAUCCGGAUGGCCGAGGUGUGGAUGGAUGAGUUCAAGGGCAUUAUCUUCGGCAUCUAUGGCAUUCCACACUACCUGGAGGAGGAGUUUGGCUCAGUCGCGACGCGCAAAGCGGUUCGCGAGGGAGCGAAAUGCGCCAAAUUCCAGUACUAUCUCGAAAAUGCCUUCCCCGAAAUGCAUAACCCUCUGGUGCCGGGUGCGUUCCGUGGCGAGGUGCACAAUGGGGCGCUCGGUAAUACCAGCUGUCUGACGUACCGCAGGACGGACGCGUUCCUCGGUAUGGCCCCGUGCGAUGGCCAGCAGAAAUCGCAAUUCUGGACACACAACUACUACCAGGAGCUGAAUAGCUAUAGAAACUGCAUAGAUGCUGUCAGCAGCAAAGUGGAAGUGUACCAGUGCCACCGUUCGCGAGGAAAUCAGGCAUGGAAGUACCUGGUGGACACACAACAGAUACUAAGUGUCAAACAAGAGACGUGCCUCUCGUUGGAUCUACGGACGAACGUCACGAUCAUACUUACUACCUGCGAUGCCCUGAAGCCUGAGCAGAAGUGGCCGGUGAAAUUCAUCGAGCUGGAUGUGUCAAUGCUGAUCGAAGCCCAGCAGAAAAAAACGUGA